CUGUCCCGCUUGGUCCUCCCUGUUUCACGGGUCUUUGUUCAUGAUCUCCUAAAUCCCACCCACUUGAAAAUGAAGAAAAGAGUAAGAAAAAACACGCGCUCGCAAAGAAACCUUGCUUUCCUGUAACCGGGACCAGAGUAGAGUCGUUAAAGUGCAUGCAGGACUGACCUCAUGAUGGAGGCGGACAGUUGUUUGUCUUUCUCUUCGCAGCCAAACCGGACACGACUGAAUAACUCUCCCGGUUUGGAUCAGAAUAGUUCUGGAGGUUCGUUCCUUCCCUGCGAUGAACUACAGAAAAGUACACAUCUUCCUCUCGCUCACCGUCUGAGUCUCCAGGGUGACUUCAACUACUCAAGCUCCAUGGGACGGUUUAACGACGGCGCGCCCGCGGACUUUACGCACGGGGCAGCCUCCACGAAUCCUCGCGCCUUGCCCAACAAACACAACAAAUACAUGGAAAAUAUUAAUCAGGACCAAAAGGUUUUAUCAGUAAGCGGGAAGGGCUCGUUUUAUGAAAAUUACUCGGAGGCCAGAGAGAAGGCGGGUCCCAAGCCCAUGGGCUAUCCCGUGAUUGGCUCAGACUGCUGCAUCAAACUGAAGGAGCCAACCAACGGUCUCCAACCAGGGGACUCCAUAGCAGACUCAAUCGACCUAUCGGGCAAGAACAAGAAACGUCGUAACCGCACCACCUUCAGUACCUUCCAGUUGGAGGAGCUGGAGAAGGUGUUUCAGAAGACUCACUACCCUGACGUUUACGCCCGGGAACAGCUGGCCCUCAGGACCGAACUCACAGAGGCCCGUGUACAGGUAUGGUUCCAGAACCGCCGGGCCAAGUGGAGGAAGAGAGAACGCUACGGGAAGAUCCAGGAGGUGCGAAACCACUUUGCUGCUACGUAUGAUAUCUCUACGUACCAGAUGCAGAGCAACCUGUGGCCAGGUGCAGGAGGGGGUGGGGGGUCUGGCGGGAGCUGUGUCCUGGGCCCUGACACCAUGUCUUCCUCCUGUAUGAGCCCUUACCCCCAUCCCCACAGCAACCUCCCCUCUGUGGGCUUCAUGGGCAUGCCCCCGUCCUCCAGCCACCCGCACCACCCUCACCAUCACCCCCAACACCACCCUGGCAUCAACGGCCUCUACUCCCUCCACAGCUUCCCUGGGGCCCUCGGGGGCCAGUCCUUUGAGCCGGGGCCCGAGACAGAGUAUAAGUCAUCCAGCCUGUUGGCCCUGCGGAUGAAGGCUAAGGAUCCUGGGAGUCUUCUAUCCAGGCCUACAUGACCACCACAGUGUCAGGGUCAGAUCCCUACUAUGUACUGACUGAGCUAAUGCAUUCACACACACAUUCCAACACAAUCUUGUAUACUAGCGACCUGAUGGAUAGUUAUGGCCACAUGUAUGUGUUCCUGCAUGUUGAAAUAACAGCAGAAGUCAAAACUCUACACGCAUGCACACACACACACACACACACACACACACACACACACACACACACACACACACACACACACACACACACACACACACACACACACACACACACACACACACACACACACGUAUAAUUAACCUUCAGGGGACACAUAAUUCAGUCCCAUUCAGAGUCCUAUGUCCUAUUUUCCCUAACCCCAAAACCUAACCUUGACCCCAAACUAACCCUAGCUGCUAACCCUGGUCGAAUACUAGCUCCUAACCCUGGUCGAAUACUAGCUCCUAACCCUGGUCGAAUACUAGCUCCUAACCCUGGUCGAAUACUAGCUCCUAACCCUGGUCGAAUACUAGCUCCUAACCCUGGUCGAAUACUAGCUCCUAACCCUGGUCGAAUACUAGCUCCUAACCCUGGUUGAAUACUAGCUCCUAACCCUGGUCGAAUACUAGCUCCUAACCCGAAAACUAACCCUCGCUCCUAACGCUAAACCAAAUUCUAACCAUAACAUUGAUUGGCUCAAACCUUGACCCUAAACCACCUAGAAAUAGAAUUUGACCUUGUGGGGACUAACAAAAUGUCCCCAGUUUGUCAAAUUCUUGUUCGAUUUAAAAUAUUCCUGUGGGGACUUCCCACAAGUAUAGUUAAACACACACACACACACACACACUUUCAACAUACACUUCCGCUACUUUCCUCCAAAUAAUGUAACAUUGCCGCAAACCCACAGACUUCAGAUCGUGACAUGACCGACCAUUUGUUUGGGUUUGUUAGGCCACCAUCAGGCACAAAACCUGCCAUUUUGCAGACAUUUUAUUCAAUCCAGAUUUGAGCAUUAUCACAAACAUAGUGAGACCAAAGAAUAUAAAAACAAUAUUAUUUAAAUAUGUAAGAUGUAGAUGUUAAUAAAGUACAGUACCAGUCAAAAGUUUGGACACACCUACUCAUUCAAGGGUUUUUCUUUAUUUUUACGAUUUUCUACAUUGUAGAAUAAUAGUGAAU